CUCCAGAGCCCCCCGAUGCCAGCGGAGCGGCGCGCACGGAAAUUUCGCGCAUGCGGCUUACACCAACGGUUCACGGGGCCCGCAUUAGCAAGACAUCUACAGAAAGAGGCCCAAGCUCAACACAAUAAUUCUGAAUUCACCGAAGAACAAAAGAAAACCAUAGGCAAGAUUGCAACGUGCUUGGAAUUACGAAGUGCAGCUUUACAGUCCACACAGUCCCAAGAAGAAUUUAAACUGGAGGACCUGAAGAAGCUAGAACCAAUCCUAAAGAAUAUUCUUACAUAUAAUAAAGAAUUCCCAUUUGAUGUUCAGCCUGUUCCCUUAAGGAGAAUUUUAGCGCCCGGCGAAGAAGAAAACUUGGAAUUUGAAGAAGAUGAAGAGGAGGGCGGAGCUGGAGCAGGGUCUCCCGACUCCUUUCCCGCCAGGGUCCCCGGCACCCUGCUGCCGCGGUUGCCAUCAGAACCGGGGAUGACGUUACUCACCAUCAGAAUCGAGAAAAUCGGGCUGAAGGAUGCCGGGCAGUGCAUCGAUCCCUACAUCACAGUCAGCGUGAAGGAUCUGAACGGCAUAGACUUAACCCCUGUGCAAGAUACUCCCGUGGCUUCAAGAAAAGAAGAUACAUAUGUUCAUUUUAACGUGGACAUCGAGCUCCAGAAGCACGUUGAAAAAUUAACCAAAGGUGCAGCUGUCUUCUUCGAAUUCAAGCACUACAAGCCGAAGAAAAGGUUCACCAGUACCAAGUGCUUCGCUUUCAUGGAGAUGGACGAACUCAGACCCGGGCCGAUCGUCAUAGAACUAUACAAGAAACCCACUGACUUUAAAAGAAAGAAAUUGCAAUUAUUGACCAAGAAACCACUUUAUCUUCAUCUACAUCAAACUUUGCACAAGGAAUGACCGUGACAUGAGUAACCUGGAGCUUCUGUGAACUUCCCCACUCCCCGGAAACCGUCACAGCUCUGUGUAGCAUCUUCACCCUUCAACAGGCAGGAGCAAGCCAGUGGGCCCGGGCGCGUCCGCUGCACGGCGCGGCACCGUCGCCGGCGCGUGAGACUCCUUGGGGACCAGGCUUGUUGGAGGUUUCGAAACGUUUUCACUUUUCUAUUGAUUGUGCAAUGAAUAGUCUCUCUUCUGAUUUACCACCACUCCCGCCCCGCUUCCCGGAACAGCGCUGUUGUGGGUAGGACGUGCUCACCUUCAAACUAAAUGCAGCAGUAAGAAUGUGCUAGAGUGUACACACCUGUUCACUUCUGCUCCAGUAUGCUCUGUCGGGUGUGGGGUUAAGGUCAGGCUUCGGGCCGAAGUGGGCAGGAUAGGAUGGAACUGCUUCGAGAGGGUUGGAACCGGUUACGCUGUCCGCGAAGGUCAUUCUGGGAACUGACAGGCCGCUGCUCAGAGCGGCCUGAAUUCGCCCCGAUCUCCGCGUCCUGCUCCGUGUGCCUUGCCCGGGUCAGCAUCCCGCGGGCAUGCUCCCGGCUGUCGCUGCCUUGUCCGGAUGAGCAGGUCGUUUUUCUGAACGUGAGCAUAUUUUUACUCAUCUCGAUUCACUUCUUCUCCAUCACAUUGUUAUUCUUUCUGAUGGUGAUUCUGGGGCUAACGUGGAACAAACUCAGAAUGAGUCAGAUUUUUAGAUGGCUUUACAGUGUCAUGUAAUCAAAACAAUUUGAGUCACGCUGAUGCGAUACAGGAGUAACUGCUGUUUUUCUGACAACUGAUUGUGAACCCUGGAAACCUGCGUACGUACAUCUCCUACAGUGCUGAGCAUGCAAAAUUUGGAGCUGUUCCGUUUUUUGUUUUUUGUUUUUUACAUAGGUAGAUAGGAUUGCCAUUUAUUUUCUAUUUAGAUGUUAUCAACAUUCAUCCAUAUGGAAAUAUGCAGGUCAUUACCUUAUUAUAAUUUGACUAUUUUACAUUACUUUUGACUUAAUGGGGCAUAAAUAAAACUUUCAUGGUACACACGA